GAAGCAUAGCUGGUGGAGGGUACGAUGAUUGCCGGCGGCGAGUCCGAGUCGGAGUCCGACCGACGACAGGAGAACCGCGCCGAGCUGGAAGUGAGUAUCAAUCGUAACCUCGCCGUGCAGGUGUACAUCAGAAUGGUCUUCACGUUCAUGGCGUACCUUGCGUUCACGUGGUCGACGGUAGUCCUCCUUGGUGGCUACGUCAGCUCGCUGCAAAGAAAGGAUUUCGCGUGCUUGACAGCAAUUACUGUUGUACAGGCAACCAGCAUCUUCAACGAGUUGCAGUCGCAGGACAUCCUGACAGUCAGCGUUUGGAACAUAAGAAAUAUGGUACUCGUUACUGCCUCCGACUUGUUGACGUUGCCAUUGUUGCCCUCAUACAUUCGUGUUGGGGAGGGGGCGAUUGCUCACGCAUUUACUGCAAUACUAGCAAGCCCAGUCCUUCCGAUGUUCAAUAUUCUACUCCUAUUCAACUUUUUUGGUCCUAUCGUGUGCAUCGGCCUCUCGUCAUGGCGCCUGAGGCACCGUGAUUACCAGGGCCAUUGGGACAAAUCCUCAUCCUCCUCCAUUAUUACUGGUGAAGCGAGCAGCUUAGCGAACCUGACGCCAGGACUGGACUUCUUCUACGUCCUGGUUCUGUGCCAGUGUGUGCUCUACUGCUUCUUGAUAUGUCUUCUCAUUUGCGAGAUCAGCCUCGCCGUUAAUUUCUCCAAGCAAUGCAAGUUCCCAGAAGAGUGGCGCAUGAGGUCAGUUAGAAAAUACCUUCAGUACACCCGGAAGAAAUGCGUGCGGGACCCUGCUCCUCUUGCUGAGAAAAGGACCUUUCUCAGCUACGCAGCAGGGCUGCUGGAAUCUGAGUCGCAGGAAGAAUGCCUCUGGGGAGCAAGGAUCCUAGACAGGCUCAUCACGGCCGGGGAAGAUGCGAGUAGCAUUAUUCUUCGCUCCAAGACCAAGAUACAGAUACUCGUAGAUAAGCUGGGGAGCACACAAACAGGAACAGGAUCAUCAGAGUCAGAAUCAGAUGGCAACAACAACAAAGAGAUGAGAGUCCUCGCCGCGAGGAUUGUGGCGCAUCUCGCCGGCGGCAUCCAGCUUGCGCACUUCCCUGGAGCAAUCCGGUCCGUGUCAUCAUUGCUCGAAACAACCGUCCAGCCACUCUGGAACAAUAAUCAGCGCGACGAUGAUCAGCUCUUACCAUCUGAAAGAAGAGAUCGGGAAUGGGCUCGUAGAAAAGCAGAAAUGGAGAAGAAGCGGCGUGAGAGGAAGCAGCGGCGGCGUGAGAGGAAGAAGCCAGGUGUUGGCAUGCGACAAAACGAGAACGAUGGCAGGGAAGAAGAAGAAGAACAAGUAGGCUGCAACGAGCUGAUCCUGCAGGGACUCAGGAUUCUCGAGGGGCUCACCUGCGACCCACACAAUUGCACGGACAUCCGCGCCGCUCCGGGCCUCCUCGACAAGAUCACCGUGCCGCUCUACUCUGCCACGCUCAUCCAAGACAUCGGCAGGAGCGAGCCGUGGGCCAACAUAGCAAACAGCUCGCUCAAGGUGGUGCACCACCUCAUAACCCAUGCCGCUCCUGGAACAAGGCUGCGCCACGAGAUCUCCUCAAAUAAACAGGCGGUCACCAACCUGCAAAGUAUUCUUGAUCUGGGAACAGAGGAGCAGCAGGUGCGAACCAUGGAGAUCUUCACUGAACUUGUUUUGGAUUCUUCUCUCGACAUCACCUUGGAAACCAGAGAAAACCUCGUCAGGAAGCAAUUGCAGACCUUCCUCCUCGCUAAUGGAGGGGAAGAUGAAAUACAACUACCACCAGUUCCUCCUGCUGCAACCAAUCCCAUCAAGAAGAGGAAGAAGAAGAAGCUGAGAGCCCCUAUACCUAUCAAGAAGAAGAAGAAGAUGAACAAGACCAUCAAAGCUACAGCUGGGGAAACACUGUCAAUCUUAUCAUCAAAGAGUGAAGCUAUCUCUAAGUUCAUCGUGAGGGAGCAUAAUGACAUCGUUGAUCGUCUCAUUGGAAUGCUUGAUGCCAAGUACAACACCAGACACAGGACAAUAUCAGCCGAGAUCUUGGAGAAUCUUUGCACCCACUGUAAGGAACACGUCGAUCAAACUUUCCUCCAAAAGGUCCUCGAUGAAAUACAGAAAACACAUGAAACAAAAGCAUCUGCAAGAACAACUUCUGCACGGGGAGCCAAUGAAGAGAACUGGGGAAUUUUUUCACAGGUAGAUGAUGAAGAGAUGCAACGUCCAAAGCAGAAUUGCUGGAAGGCGCAUGGAAAGGCAUCAAAGCAGAAAGGCCGGAGGGCCCAUGACAAGGCAUCCGAUCAAGAAAACGAUCACGAAGAAGCUGACAUGAAGGAACUGCAAGAAGCGUUGCUAUCCCUGACCUUGGUGAUGCGUGACAAACUGAUCGAACCAGAGAACUUUGCUCUUAUCAUCGAAGAGAAAAUCUCAGGUGGUGGAGGCGCUUUUCUGAAUAUGCUCAAGGCUAUCGUAGACGACAACUGCCAACGUCAGGCGACGCCUGUCUCUCUGAGGAUCAUCAAGCUCUGCGGCCAGAUUGCUGAACCAAUUAUGCGCCGCAACCGCUGCAGUGAUCAGAAGAAGGAAUUCGUGAAGUUACUAACCAAGGCCACGAAUACCAUGGCUAACCUUGAAAGCUGCAUGCUUUUCACUGGAACCGACUGUGGAAUGGAGAAGACCGCCAGGCCUCUCCUCUCUGAUAUUGAGAAACAACUGAAAGAGUUGGUUACCUAGAACUUCGAUGUUGUCCUUCGGUUUAACUUAUCACUUUUGUUGUUCUAAACCAAGACGGCUAAAUAAAACCAAAAUGUACAUUAUUUAUGGAACAAAUUGUACGCCUGUGAAAUUUCAAUUGU